AAUGCAACCGAGCAUCGAGAGCACCUGUCUGACAUAGCAACAAGAACUAACAGUGAUUCUAAGAACAUUUCGUCUUUUAACAAAUGGAUCAAACCAAACGACCUCUUUUGAUUCCACCAGAGUUUGCAACAUACGCUGAACAACAUGGAAUCUUUGAUUUAUACAAGAGGAUGCUGGAGAAAGUUAUUAUCAACAAACCAGCUAACCCCCUGGCCUUCUUGGUAGAAAUGCUGAAGAGGGACAACAAUGAUGUGCCUCAGGUUGUGAUACUUGGACCACCUGCCUCUGGAAAGAGAACUAUAGCCAAAAUGGUGUCAAGCAAGCUGCGGACUGCGCAUCUUACCCCAGAGAACCUGGUGUCGGAGGCAGAAACUGACUUCAAAACUGAGGCGCAAGGUUUCAUUAAGAAGAAUCAGACAAUUCCAACUGAAUUGUGGGUAAAAAUUAUUGAUGAGAGGAUGAAGCUAUUUGAUUGCGUAAAGAAAGGCUGGGUGAUGGAGGGAUUUCCACAGACAAGGGAACAAGCAUUAGCACUCCAGGCACUCGGAAUUUACUCCAAACAUUGUGUAAUACUUGAUGCCCCUGACACCGUUCUGAUUGAGCGUGCCCAAGGGAAGCGGGUGGAUCCUGUUAAUGGAGAUAUCUACCACACAACAUUUGACUGGCCAAAUAACCCCGACAUCCAGAACCGUCUGAAAGAGGUUGAAGGUUACACAGAGGAAGACAUGAUCAACAAGCUUAUCGUCUUUCAUAGACACUUUGAAGGCAUCGCUGAGUGCUACAAGAAAUGCUCCAAAACAAUCAAUGCUGAUCAGCCAAAAGCAGAUGUAUUCCAGCAAGUGUAUACAUUUCUAAGUGGUCAGGCACGCUCCAUGGCCCCACACACUCCUCGUAUUGUGCUACUGGGCGCUACUGGCUCUGGGAAAGGUGUGCAGGCGUCCCUGCUCGCAAACAAGUACAACAUUGUAAAUGUUUCUUGUGGUCAUCUGAUGAAGCAAGCAAUUGCAGAUGAAACGAAACAAGGCUUGACUGCUAAAACUUACAUUGAGAAGGGAAUGAUGGUGCCAGACAACAUAGUGAUGUCAAUCCUGACAGCCCGUCUAGCCCAGCUGGACUGUGUAAGUCGUGGCUGGGUGCUCCAUGGCUACCCACGCACUAGGGAACAGGCUGAGACUCUGUCCAAAGACGGCUUUGUACCCAACAGAGUAUUUUUCCUGGAUGUUCCCAACGACUCUGUGAUGGAGCGCCUCACGCUGCGUCAGACAGACCCAAUCACUGGGGAGCGUUACCACAUGCUGUACAACCCGCCACAGACGCAGGAAGUGAAGGAGCGACUUUUGCAGCACCCGUCUGAUACAGAGGAUUCCGUGCGACAGAGGCUUGCACAGUACCACACAUAUGUGGAAGAGAUUGCAGAUUAUUACGUAGAUGCACAGCAUAUCAAUGCUGAUCAGGACCCGCACACUGUAUUUGAAUGCAUUGAGAGCAUGGUCGUUAACCCACUGCCUAAACACUUCCCAUAGACUUUAAGGAGUUGGGGGAUGGACAAUAUUUAAAUUUUAACUGAAUUGUCCUGAAAGCCAAAUGACAGUUUAUGUUAUUUAUAAAAAAAGAUUUAUGAAUGAAAACAUUUUCAAAGAAAACUAUUGUUCAACAACUGUGAUAUAAGUUAUAUAUAAAUGUCUCAUUCUUAAGAUGCCUUUUUGUUGUGAUUGUUGUAAGAAUUCAUCUGAUUAUAGCAAUAAAUUAAACAAUAUAAAGGAAACAACA